AUGUGGGGGUCUGCGCCAGGUUUACUUGCGCUUUUAACAGAGAAAAAUCCGAACUUCCAAAUCAAAGGUAUUAGGGAGUUGGAGAAUAUUGUUAACAAUGAAUGGCCCCAAAUUGCAGAUAAAAUUGAUUUAAUUCUCGAUUUAGCCAAAAAUACAGAAUUUCCAGCACACGAACAAGCAGCACGUUUAGCAUCGAAAAUCUACUACAACUUAGGCGAUUUCAACAAAGCAGUCGAAUUUGCAAUUUGCGCUGGAGCUACAUUCGAUCCUACAUUGAAAGACGAAUAUACGCAAAAAGUCAGUUCACAAUGCAUUCAGUCAUACAUCAAAUUAAUUGAACAGCAAGAAAAGCCAAAUCAACAAUUAUUCAUUAUUGUAAAGCAAGUUUUGCAGCAUUUACUUGACGAGAAGAGAUAUUCUUCAUGUCUCUGCCUUGCCAUCGAAACGAGAUUCCUUGAUUACGUCCAUCUUUGCCUUGAACAGAAGCCAAAGCUUGUAGAGAAGACUAUUUCCAUCGUGCAGAACAUAAUUAUCGAUAGCGAGUAUCGCCAAGUUGUCCUUAGGAAGAUCACUGACUUAGCUUGCAAGCAUUGCGACACAUUCCAGAUUGCCCAGCUCUAUUACAACCUUCGGGAUCCAGAUAUGAUUGCAGACUUACUUACCCAGCUCAGAAAGUCCUCCAAUACCGAUAACUGGCUGAUGGCCUAUCAAAUCGCCUUUGACCUUGCAGAGAAUGCCAAUCAGAAGCUCAGAUCGAUCAUUAUCAGCCUUCUUCCACCAGAUCUACCAGACUUGAAGUCGAUUCUUACCCGAAAUAUGCUUCUCAAAUUUUAUCUCGAUUUCCUCUUCCAGAACAACCACACAGACAUCCAAAUCAUCGUCAACCUCAAAGAAAACCUCAAAACUACUAAGAUGCUCAUACAUUCCUCAGUUGUUUGCGCGUAUUCUCUCAUGUUUGCAGGAACAGGCGACGACAACUUCUACAGAAGCAACAUUACGUGGUUUGGCAGUGGCCGUAAGUGGGCGCAGUUCAUCACCAUUGCCGGUGUCGGCGCCAUCCACAUCGGCCACCUCCAGUCCGCUCUCCAGAUUUUGGAGCCGUUCCUCCACAACGACACUCCUCCUUAUCCGUACGGCGCCGCCCUCUACGCGCUCGGAAUCAUCUACGCGAACUACUCCUGGGACAGGAAAGUGAUAGAGACAGUGAAAGAGCCAAUCAUCAAACAGAAGAGCUCCAUCAUCAAACAGAAGAGCUCCAUCAUCAGAAACGGCGGAUGUCUCGCUCUCGGACUCAUCGCAAUGGGAUCUCGCGAGCAGGAGUACGCCUCCAUCGUCAGGGAUGUGAUCAACGACGACAUUCCGGAGCCAGGCGAGGCAGCGGGAUACGCGUACGGCAUGAUCAUGCUCGGUGUCGGUCCUUGCCAGGAACUGGAGGAACUCGUCAGAGUGGCUGAGAACAACGACCACGAGAAGAUUGCACGAGGCCUUGCGAUGUGUUUCGCGUUCAUGAUGUACGGAAAGCAGGACAGCGCUGAGACACUCAUUGCUGCUCUUCUCAAUCACCAGAAGCCAAUCCUCAGAGAGUCAGCCGCGUGGGUCACAGCACUCGCUUACGUCGGGACAGCUUCGAAUGUCGCACUGGAGAGACUGCUUCACCUUGCUGUCUCUGAUGUCAAUCCAGACGUGAGGAGAGCGGCUGUGAUUGGCGUCGGAUUUGUCCUCUCAAGGCAUCCUUCGAAAGUUCCUUCAAUGCUAGACUUGCUCGCCAAAUCAUACCAUUCACACGUCAGGUCUGGCGCUGCUCUUGCUGUUGGCAUUGCAUGCGCUGGCACUGGAAUGGCCGAUGCGAUUGAAGUGUUGAAGCCACUGCUUGAAGACUUGGAAGAUUUCGUUAAGCAGCACGCGAUGAUUGCCAUGGCCAUGGUGUUGCAGCAGCAGAGCGACAGAGAGGUUCCUUACGCGAAGGAGUUCAGGAGGUACUUGAGAAAACUCACAACAAGGAACACAUCAGAGAUACAGGUAUUCGGUGUUUCUGUUGCAUACGGAAUUCUCAACGCUGGAGGAAGAAAUGUCGCAAUUUCAUGCAACACGUUGAGAGGAGAGAAUUCAACACUCGCAACUGUUGCAAUGGCUUUGUUCUGCAACUACUUCUACUGGCUGCCUCUCACUCUGAUGCUUCCUCUCGCAUUCCAUCCAACAGCUGUGAUUGGUUUGGAUAAAUCUCUCAAGGUUGUUCCGUGGGAAAUCUACUGCAACAAACCUGCUUCUCUGUUCGCUUAUCCACCUCCUUUCGAGAGUGAAACAGAGUCUCUGAAGGAGAGAGAGGUUGUGGAAUUGUCAAUCUCAAGAAAGACACAGGAACAGAAGGAAAACAAGAAGGAGGAGAAGAAGGAAGUCGACGAAAAAGAACCUUCUUACGUAAUUCUGAAAAAUCAGUCGAGAGUUACUUUGAGACAAUUGAAACACCUCGAUUUCGGUUACUGCGAGAAAUAUACUCCUGUGACUGGAGAAGUGUUCCACGGAUUCGUUAUGCUCAAGGAAAAUCCUGAGGAAGAAGAGGAAGAAGAUAAUAUUUUAGAUCUCGAUUAA